AUGUCAGCAGAAUCAUACAACCACCUCUACCUGACCUGGAUUAAGGAAUGGCAGGACCGCGCGGAAUCGCUAGGAGCGAAAGCGCAAAACGCGUACAAGAGAGCAUAUAGUACGCUGAGUGCCUCGCCGAUUUCGUUUCAGCACCCGAAAGAGAUGCUGGUGCUGAAGAAUUUUGGACCGGGCAUAUGUGGCCAGCUGGAGGCCAAGUUGAAGCAGUAUUGCAUUGCGACAGGAAUGCCGAUGCCGACUGUGACGUCUGCUUCGUCUACAUCAGGGCCGAAAUCUUCUUCAGAACCAAAGGCUAGGAAAACCAAAACAGCAAAAGCAAAAGAGACGAACGAAAACGAGGCACCAGCUACUCAACCUACACAGACCCGACCGAAACCAAAGAGAAAACCAAAGCAAUACAUUCCCGCCUACCGCUCAGGUGCCUACGCCAUCCUCCUUACCCUCUACGACUCUGCAACCAGCUCUAAAUACGGCGACCCAGCACUAUCCAAAACCGAGAUCAUCGAACAUGCACAGGCGCUCUGCGAUACCUCGUUCGAGAGUCCAGCCGGACGAAAUCCGGAUCAGUCUGUGGGCGGGACCACUACUUCUUGGUGUACGGCGUGGACGGGGGUUCAGCAGCUUGUGAAGCACGAACUUGUGAUUGAGACGGGAAAGCGGGGAAAGCAUUUGUAUGAGAUCACAGAUCUGGGGAAGGAGGUUGCGAGCAAGAUGAAAACAGUGGCAGAGGCGAGACAAAAGGAUUCAAAUCUUACCACUCUGGAGACUGAGAGCAAUACAGCUUCACAGCCUAUUAGAGGAUCACAGCCUAUUCGAGGACCACAGCCUACUCGGGGAUCACAGUCUUCUCGAGGAACGAAGAGAUCUACAGAAGACGUCGAUUUCGGCUCGCUCACUUCUGACGACGAGUCCAGUCCCCCGACACAGCGCAUUUUCAAUUCACAACCCAGUCGGCUACCAGCGGCUGCUAGCCGUUCAACUUACUCAUUUUCCAACCUUCAACCAAUCGAGAGACCCGCAUCGACAACCUCACGAGCAGGUCUAGUCAACAGUGCAUCUAUUGCUGAUAGUACGGCGGCAGUUGCAGACAUUCCUCUUCCCCAGUUCACUCCUAGGAUAUGGGAGCCAGGGACGUUCAGCCUCUGUCUUCUUGUCGAUAAACGAGAAAUUAGAUCAAAGGAGAAUCGAGAGUUUUUUGUGUCAUCGCUAGUUGAGCUUGGUGUGAAUGCCAGGGGCAGGGCACUAGGACUUGGUGAUAUGCUAUGGGUCGCCGAGCACAAAGCUACGGGCGAACAGGUUGUGCUUGACCACAUCGUCGAACGGAAACGAACAGACGAUCUGAUGAGCAGUAUCAAAGAUGGAAGAUUUCUUGAGCAGAAAUAUAGACUGUUGAGAAGCGGACUGCGCAAUGUGAUGUACAUCAUCGAGGAGUCACCCGGAGUCGAUCUCGGAACUAUGCACGAUGCCGUCCAAACUUCGAUUAUGUCAACCCAGGUCUUCAACGAGUUUUUUCUCAAGCGGACUUCCGGUGUUGAGGAAACAUCCAAAUACCUCGCUCGUCUAAGCAAGCAUCUCGAAGAAGUCUACACCAAGAAGCCUAUUCAUAUCAUCCCUGACGCCGCUGUCGAUCACGAUACUUAUCUUUACCUGAUUGGUAACCUACACACCACCGACCCAAACACACAAUACGCAAUUUCCUACUCCCGCUUUGAAUCGACAUGCUCGAAAUCCGGAAACCUCACAGUCCGCGAUGUAUUCCUACGAAUGCUUCUCACAAUCAGCGGCAUCUCAUGGGAAAAGGCAAUUGAGAUUCAAAAAGAGUUUCCGACGCCAAAACAUCUAUGGACAGCACUGAAAGAGGAGUAUAACAGAAAUGGAGAACAAGCCUCUCGAGAUUUGAUCAUGAACCGGUGUGAUCGAAACGCGAGGAUUGCAAGGAAAAAAAUCGGAAAGGCGCUCUCGAGCAGGAUCGCAGAGAUCUGGGGGCCUGCUUCGAAAACGGUGGGGGAUUACCGCAAGACUAGUUUCAAGAACGUUGACCAAGAAGAGAGCAACUCAUGA